AUGGAGACCGAGAGGCUGGCGUCGCCCUGGAUACGAGCGAUGGAGCCCAGAGCCUGCAGAGAAAGGUCACUGUUAAAGGCCCAGGACACGUGUUGCUGCUGGUGGACUCGAUCCGCGGCCCCCGAGCACAUUCCUCGCAGCGGGAGGGCCUCUCUCUCAGGGGGGGGGAGGGGGAGAGAGGGGGGAGAGGUGCUGCUCUCUGCCCGCUGCUCUAAUCACAUCUGCGGUCAGACAGAAGCCCUGGUCCGGGAGACUGGAUCCGGACAGAGCCAGAAGAGCGGGCAGAAGGAGGCAGAAGGAGGCUAA